UUUCUUCUAGAGUUUCUAUUCCACUUACAGUUCACUUUCUGGCCUUCUCAAAUACUUUCCAUGGCUACAACCCCCUCCAGUAUUGUCUCUGGAGUCCUCUCCAUCUCGUCUCCACAGCACCCUCGGAAGUUACCACCGCCACCUUACUGCUCUAUCUUUGCCGGAAAAUACUCCUCUACCCCUGCCAUAUGUAUCUCUUGUUGGAAUCUGAAAGCCUCCAGUAAGGUUGUAUGCAAGGCAACUGAAAUUUCAGUGGCCGAAGAGUCUCCAGCUUCUGGGGACAGUGGCGGUGGUGAUGGGAAGAACUGGGUUCCGGUGGUGCCACUAUCAGCGUUACCGAGGGGUGAACGGCGUGUGAUUAUUCAGGAUGGGGAAACGAUUCUGCUUCUCUGGUAUAAGGAUGAGGUUUUCGCAAUUGAGAACCGGUCGCCAGCCGAAGGAGCUUACACUGAAGGCUUGCUUAAUGCUAAGCUUACUAAGGAUGGUUGUAUAGUUUGCCCAACAACCGAUAGUACAUUUGAUCUUAGGACUGGAGCCAUCAAGGAUUGGUAUCCAAAUAAUCCUGUGCUGAGAGCCCUUACACCUUCCUUGAGGACACUCUUCAUUUAUCCCGUGAAAACAGAUGGCGAGAACAUUUAUAUUAGCAUGGAAGGAGGUGCAUCCGCUGCUUCUGCAGAGAUUGUCUUCAGUGGGAAAGCUCAACCAGGUGUUACAGCAUCCGAUGUCAAUGUGGAGGAGGUGAGAAUGGUGGUUGAUGAAGAAUCACAGGGGUUUGGUUUUAAUAAAACAAAUGAAUUGAUAAAUGGAAAAGCAGCUACGAUCGGCUUCCUAUUAUUGCUAGAUUUUGAGCUCUUGACGGGUAAAGGUCUUCUUAAGGGAACAGGCUUCUUGGAUUUCAUUUAUGCUAUUUCAAAUGCUUUCAGCUAGACAUUCAACAUUCUUUUUUCAGUAACUCUAGAGCCUGCUGUAACCCCUGAUCUAUGAGAGUUGUUCUUCUCCUUGAAUCUGAAAUACUUCAUAAAUUUGAUAUUGUCAAGCAUUAGGUUAUAAAAUGGAAAAAAAAAAAAAGAAAAGAAGACAUCUGAAAGGAAAAUUUGAGAUAAUUCACUGGCCUCUGGACCUCCUCAGUAAAAUUUUAUUGAUCAUAAUGAAAAAUUAAGAGAACAUUUAGACUUGG